UCGGUCGCUUUGCCGGGCCGGCAAGGGAGGCGCUGGAAGCUGCCGGCCCGACCAUCUUUCUUGAAGGCAAGAGAUCUCCAUACGACCUCCCCUCCCUGUCUUCCUUCUAAAAACCCACCUGCAGCGGCCAUCUUAUUUGAGGGCAAGUGGACGAUGAAACCAGAGAAGCCAGAGGGGCGCCAUGUUUGAUAUGAUCGAGGGACGGCGCCCUUAAGAGCAAUCCUUGAUAACUGAACCCAGGAUGUCGCCAUAUUUUCUGAAGGCACCUUCCGGGUCCCUCAACCAGGGUGUCUGUGGCCAAGCUGCCAAGAAGUGAAUAAACACCGAGGGGGUUGGUUUGUCCCUAUGAGAAUCCCUGAAUCCCUACCAGAUAGUCCCUGCUACUUCGGUUCCCUCGGCUGCCUUCGGACGCCAAGGCUGGGAGGGGCCGCGGCCUGGGGAGCCGUUCCUGCGGACUACGAAAGCUGAUCCGGGAGCGGGGAGGCCGUGGCCCUGGGUACAAGGCGGCCACAGCUUGGGGCUGGGAGGCCCCAUGGCGCCACCCCCAGCCCUGCUCCAGGCGCUGACAGCUGGGGAGACCUGGCCAGGUUGCAAGAAGCCCGGGUCCGUGAGCUUCGCGGACGUGGCCGUGUACUUCUCCCCGGAGGAGUGGGGGUUUCUGCGGCCCGCGCAGAGAGCCCUGUACCGGGACGUGAUGCGGGAGACCUACGGCCACCUGGGCGCGCUCGGAUUCCCAGACCCCAAACCAGACCUCAUCUCUUGGAUGGAACAGGAGAGUGAGGCUUGGAGCCCUGCCGCCCAGGAUCCUGAGGAGGGGGAAAGCGUGGGAGGAGCUCUGAGAGGAGACGCCCCAAACAAGAAGGGAGAGGAACCGGAAGAAGUACCAGGAGCCAAAGCAUCCAGAGAGACUCCUGGGAAGGACAGGCCUGAAGAGCUGGUUAAACAUAACCCUGACUCAGCCAUCGGCCAGACGGUAGCACGACCACAGACACCCACGAAAACUGCCUGGGACCAGAGCACAGUUGCACAGCCCCCGGUCCCAGUGCCCAGUGUUACCUCUCAAGCUAGCCAGCGGCGCCACGUAUGUGCAGACUGUGGUCGCCGCUUCACCUACCCCUCGCUGCUCGUCAGCCACCGGCGCAUGCACUCCGGUGAGCGGCCCUUCCCCUGCCCAGAGUGUGGCAUGCGCUUCAAGAGAAAGUUUGCGGUGGAAGCGCACCAGUGGAUCCACCGCUCCUGCUCUGGAGGGCGGCGGGGCCGGAGGCCUGGAAUCCGGGCUGUGCCUCGAGCCCCUGUUAGGGGUGACCGGGACCCACCCGUGCUGUUCAGGCACUACCCGGACAUCUUUGAGGAGUGCGGUUGUUCUUGCUUCCUGACCUUGGAAUUGGGAAGAAAGAUACCCAUAAGAGGCUUCUGCCAUAGAAUCUGCAUGGCUCAGUGACUGACACUAUGAACUGUGAACAACCCGCUCUGACUGCUGAGAAUGGACUGCAGAGUGGAGAUAGGGAGUAGUACCACUGGAGGUAAACACUGCAAGAUGAAUGGACUGAGCCUGUCUAUGGGUUGGAUGUGGUGGCUGAGAGCAUCAGAGGAGCCCAGGACGGUAAUAAGGUUUUUGGCUGAGUGAGGAAAAUGGAGGAGCCAGUUUCUAGGGUAGCCCUGGAGGUGAUAAUAGGGUGGACCACAGCAUUUUAGAGCUGGAAGGGAGCUCUUGGAGCUGUUUAGUUCUAUGUUUUAAGAAGGGUUUGGGAAGGAGUGGGUGGAAUAGGUUUUGUUUGUUGAUGAGACUCUUUAAGGGGCAUAGGGAAGAAUGCUUGUUCUUUCCACCAAGCUUUUCAUGGGAACAUUGGUCCACAGAAUAGGCUCUGAGAAAGGCUGAGGCCCAGAGAAGGGAAGGUACUUACUUAAGAUAACAGCUGAGUUAGUGGCAGAGGUAAGCAUGGAACCCAAACCUCCCAAUUUCUCAGUUCAUACUCUUGCUCUUUUCACUAGACCAGGCUGCAGUGCUGAAUGGAUGGGAAAGGCGAAAGGCUGGAAGCCCAGAGACCAGCUGGGAGACCCCAGGCCUAAACCAACAAGGGCCUGAGCAAGAGGAACCCACUGGUGAGAGCUGCUACAGGGUACCUUUGGUGUAGCCUGUCACCCUUGCUCCAGGGCAAUUGCAAAUACCUCCCAAAUACAGAAUGACAU